GCUGAGAUAAAGAAUAAGAUGGACAAGACAGAUCUUGAAAACCUGAAUCUGUCCUCAGACAUGCUUGAGCAGCUUGCUAAGCUGAAGGCAGAGCUUGAUGCCUUACAACAAGCCAGGGACAAGGCCAUCAAGUUCAAGACAGGUAAGCGAAGUGGUAAGAUUGGCCCAUUGUCUGAGUCGGAUGAGAGUAGUAGUGGAGGUGAGACAACAGAGACAGACAGUCAAGAGGAGCUUGAAGAGCUCAAUAAACACGAACUCACGGCCAUUGCCAUAGACGCCCUGUCUAACAAGGUAACAGUGAUGGAGGACCGACUCAAGGUGUUCCAGGAUAUGAUGAUGGAUGAUAGCGCCUACCAAAGUGAUGUCACUGACCUGCGGUCAUGGCUCACUGGUAUGGAGCAGAGACCAGACCCAUUGGCAGACCUUGAAAUGACCACCAGCGAGAAUGAUAUCACUCCCAAACCUCCCAGUCCGAAGGUAUCUACUUCCGUAGAGAAAACACCAGUCAAAGCUGAAGAAGUCGAACCUGAAGUCAAAGAAACCAAAGGGAAGGAAAGUCCACCGGCAAACAAAAAGAAGGUAUCAAGUGGUGAAAACCUGGCUAACGUGAAAUUUGAACAAGAUAUUAUGGACAUCUUUACUAGGAACACAUCUGAUGUUGACGGUCAAGUGGAGGAUAUGAAAAACAUGAUGAAUAUGUCUUCAGAAGAGAUUUCCAAAGCCAACAACAAGAUCCGCACACUUGCAGCUGUACUAAAUGACCAACUUCAGGAUGUCCGUGACAAAAUCUUCACCCUCGAUCACGACCUCAAAAGAAUGGCCCGCGGCAUUGAGUUUGCACUGCUCAGAUCAAAGGUUGCUGGAACAAAUGAUUUGGAUAGUGAUGCUCUGAGUCGGGCCCAGGCAGCCAUUUUACAGCUACAGGCCGACUUUGAGAGGUUACACAACACCACCAAGGACAUGAUGGAGGAAAACGAAUCCCGCAACAAACAGAUUCAG